AUGUGUCGCUCAGACCUAGAGGUUCAAGGAAAAGAGCUCACCACUGGUGAAAUGAUUUCAUCACUCCACAAGAAAUCCCACGAAAGCAGCGCAUUCACAAACGAAGCCUUGCUGAAGCUUGCCAAGGAAUUGCUGGCAAAUUUUGGAGAAACCGAACAAGAAUGGUCUACCGCCGGGGAUUGGGUAGCGCAAGAGCUCAAUACUCUAAAGUUGCAUCCAGAAUCCAAGCCACUGGAAGAAAUGGAUGACUAUGCGUACAUGCAGGCAGCUCAAAUCAGAGCUACUUUCAGCAGUGCCGUAAAGGCAUACCUUGUUUCCACCAUUGCAUCUCUUGAGGACCAGAUGAAGAAGGAAGAAAAAAUUAGUUCUAUCGACCUCAUCAACAAAAAGCGUACAGUGGAAACCUUCGAGGGAUCAGUCGAGGUGCACGGUCCCGCCUCGCUCCCAAUGAUUCCUGGAUUAUCCUUCGAAACUUGGUCCAAGCCAUCCAAUGUAGAUUACGAAGGCUUUAAGGAAAAAGCAAAACAAGGGGUUUGCUUGGUGCUUGGAGCUGGAAACCAACCCAUUUUGAGUGCCGUUGACUGUUUGCAUUGUAUCUUUGUCCUUCGAUGCCCCUUACUGCUAAAGCAUCAUCCACUUCGUGCGCAUUUGAUUCAUCCGUACACCAUCGUUUUCAAACAACUAUUGGACCACGGAUUGAUGAAACAAAUCUUGGACCCUGGUCUUCCAAGGACAAAAGAAUUAUUGAGCAACGAGUCCAUUACUCAUAUCCACAUCACUGGUGCAUAUCAAACCGUUGCCGCCAUUCAAAAGACUUUGGUGGAAGUAAGAAAGGACGUCAAAACCAUCAAGGAUGCGGCUGCGAUGAUCACGUCCGAGUUGGGAUGCGCAACUCCAUUCAUCUUUCCUCCAGCUGUCUAUACCGAGAAAGAGUUGAGAAAUGCAGCGAAAGCGUUCGUAACCUCCAAAAAGUAUAAUGGUGGCUCCAAUUGUCUUUGUGGACAAGUCAUUGUCAUGUCCAAAGAAUGGUCCCAAAAUCAGAGAUUCCGCGAAAUUCUACUGGAAGAAUUUGAAACCACCCAAAAGGAUCCCAUUUACUACCCUGGAUCGCUCCAGAAGCGGGAUUCGGCACUCUCGGCAUACUCUUCGUCAUCCUCCUCGAAUCAUGGCAAUGAAGACAAGGUUGGUAAACGUCGAAGUUCUGUUCUCAGUGCUGCUCCCACAAUCGACUUGGAAGCACCCGAAGACGAUGAUAUUGUACUGGUCGAAUGUGGAACUCCUGGAGAAGAUGAUUUCAAUGGAUACUCUCUGACCGAAGAAGCCUUUGGACCAGUGGUUGCUAUUGUGGAAUUACCGGGAGGAAAAGAAGAGGAUCCAGUCAAGUACAUGCAGGAGACAGUGGCACCCUUUGUGAAUGACAAGGAGAAGCUCUUUGGAACCCUUAGCUGCACUCUGUUGUGGCCCGCAUCGAUUUCGGCGCAAUCCAAAAAGCCACAAUCGGACGAGGGACUGUUGCAGGCCAUUGCCUGUUUGCAGUAUGGAUGCAUCGCGAUCAAUUCGUGGUCUCUCUUUGGCUACCUUGCGGCUUUGACGGGAGGAACCUGGGGAGGUCAUCCUCGGGAUAAUUUGCGACACUCUGGCUCUGGUGCAGUAGGCAACCAAUUUGGCCUACCGAUUGAAAAAACCGUCGUGUACGGGGCUCCGUUGACCAAUGCUCCUCUGGUGGACAAGAAGAACCUACCACCCGCCAUUGUUCAUGAUGUCAUACAUGCAGUGAUCAUUGCGCCAUCCAUGAUUGGGGCCAUGUUUAAUGUCUGGCUGGUGCUUGCAGCUCGUAGUAUUCAAUUCUUUUUGCCAAAGUUCAUGACACGAUGGAUCUUUGGGGAGCGCAAAUACGGAGCCGCCUUGUAA